GAAAAUGGAAAAGUUACUUCCCCUUAUUAAGUACGUACCAUUUGUGUUCAACCAAACGAAUAAUUCCAGAAAAGGUAAUUCUCAUAAAUUGUACCUAAUGGCUAAGACAAAACAGACAACGAGAAAACCUUUGCCAAAGACUUUAUGUCCAAUAUGUAAGGACCUUGUGCUUGAAGAGAAGUUUCUACAGCACAUAAUGUUAUGUAAGAAGAACAAUGAUAGGUUGUGCUGUGUGACAUGCAAAAUGUAUUUUAAGAAGGAGAUUUACAGAAGCAAACAUAUGAAGAGAGUGCAUAGCACUGAAACUACAGAUAAGGAAACUCCAAGUACAAGUCAAGAGUGUUGUAAAAUUGGAGACGAAGAUUCUGAUUGGGAUAGGGAUCCUGACAUUGAAAUAUGUGAGGAAAAGACUGAUAAUGUCACAGAUCAAAAGAAAGAGACAGAAGAUUUAGAAUCAAUAAAAAUUGGAAGAUUGUAUAGGAAGAGAACCCUACCAAAUCCGGUGAUAGCACCAGUCACUAGAAAGUGUCCGAAACUUGAUAAUGAUAUAGAGCAAGAAAAUAAAUUGGACCCGGCAGUGAAAUCUUGCAGUUCCGUUGAAGAUCUCCCAGACAAUCCUCAGGGCAUAGAUAAUUCAGGAAGUACAGAUGAUAAUAAUAUCAAUAAUGUGGACAAAAGGGAGUGUGAAUUAAAUUAUGAUGAUUCAGAAGAGGAUGAGGAGCAAAGUUAUGAAACUGUUACAGAUAUCAAGGAAGAUGAAGUCAAAGAAACUGAUGAACCAUCACCAUCAUCAGUUAAAACAGUUGAAAAUAGUGUCGCUCCAUCCGAGGAGAAAAUAUCCAUUGAGAUAGAGAAGGAAAAGCUAGAGAUAGAGAAGAAAAAGAUUGACUUAGAAACAGCUAAAUUUGAAUUUAAGAAAAAUAUGUUGACAAAGCUAAUUGACAUUGUGUCAGACAUGUAGAGACAAGGAACAUGAUUUAAAAGGACAGGAGUGUUAUUUAAAAUGUAAUAAUAUUAUUUUCUGUUAUUUUGUUGUAUAAGCAAGAAGCUUGAUGCAUAAUAAAAGUUUAUUUUGAACCGUGAAAUUGAGUUCAUCAUGCGGGACGCAUGCCUUUCGGAGGCGUGGGUAAUGUAGCGAAAAUGGAAAAGUUACUUCCCCUUAUUAAGUACGUACCAUUUGUGUUCAACCAAACGAAUAAUUCCAGAAAAGAUAAUUCUCAUAAAUUGUACCUGUAAGUUGAUAUCAAAUAUGUUUGAUGAUGUUGCUUGAUUUAAUUACCUUUUACUUUUCAUUUUGGAGUCCUUAGAACAUUGCAGGUAUAUUAUUUAAUGUAGAAAAGGUAAGAUUAUAUUCAUUUUGGCGAUGGUUCCCGAGUCAUGUAAUUAUAUACAAAAGUAACGCAUAUUGAAAAGGUAAGCAGUAUUUGAUUCAAUGAUAGUAAUAUAUUCAAGCGUUUACAAGAUAUGGAAGACGACAGAGGGCGCAAGCAGUCCCGAGCCAAUAUAUAAGGCAGGUGAAUGUGAGAAAUUGAGAGUUGGUGUUUUGGCAGCGUGUUGAACAGUCGACAAUCCUAAAUGCUAUACCUACUUUUUAUAUUCUUAGUUGCACAGUGCAUAGCGCUGUGAUAAGGCUGAGAAAUAUUAAGUAGAAAGAAAGCAAGGAUUAAAGAUUAAUAAAGGAAGAUUAAGAAUAAUUUUAUUAGUAGAGAAAUAGAGAACGAGAUAGAGGGAACGUAUAUAUAAAUAGUAUUUCAUGUAGGACAUUAAUUUGAUAAAUUGUUUAAUAGGUAUAGAAAUCAUUAUUCGUUUUUCAAUUAAAAGACAAGGUAGUCUCGAGGAAAAUUAUAUCUAUAUAUUUAAUUCAAUUUGGUAAUUCAUGCACAUUUAUUAAGCAAUAUAAAUCAUUGGUCUUCAAUCAAAUAAUCAUAAGGCAAAGAAGCCAGAG